AUGGAAUCCACUGAACGCCUGGUACGGACAUGGAUGGCAACGAGUAGGGAUGAAGAAGUCGCCCAGCUCGUUGAAGAUAUUACGGCGGGGAAGACCUCGCUGCUGAAUGUGGUCAAGGUGUCUGGCGAAUAUCUGACAUCCGAAGAGAACCAGAUACGCUCAAAGGGAAUCGAAUUGUUGUCCUCGAUAUUGGAACGCCUUCCACCUACCACCUUGAAUCGGCCAACCACUCGUACUUUGGUCAACUUCUACUGUGAUAAGCUCGACGACCCGGAUACAAUCAUCCCCGCGUUGCAAGGCCUGCAUACAUUGGUCGGCCUUCCCAACUUUGGCGGAAUUGAGGCGACUACGACUAUUGAAGCACUGAUUCAACGCGUUAAAACCAAGGCAUUGACACAAUCACAUCGAUUCAAAGUCUAUUCCAUCGUAGACUCCCUACUAGCUAAUCACAGAGAAUGCUUGAAAUCACUCGGACUCAAGUUCUUGGAUGGAUAUGUCUCCUUGGUGGAAGGGGAGAAGGAUCCCCGGAACCUCUUGGUCGUUUUUGCCAUGGACAGAGUUAUCUUGAUCGAGUUUGACAUAUCUGAGCGGGUACAAACAUUCUACGACAUUGUAUUUUGUUAUUUCCCAAUCUCCUUCCGCCCACCUCCCAACAAUCCAGGAGGCAUCACCGCAGAUGACCUGCGAACAGCACUUAGGAAGUGUGUCUACGCUACCCCGUUGUUCGGAACCCUUGCUAUACCUCACUUCCUCGAAAACCUAGUCUCAGGAAGUCGCGUCGCAAAGAGGGAUACAUUGGAAACUUUGACAGCAUGUCUUCCUGUCUACGGCCCUGGCGUGGCCCGGAACUUUUCCCGGAAGCUCUGGAACUCACUCAAGCUUGAGGUAUUCCAGCCGGUUGACCAGGCCACCGAACGAGAGGCGUUGGUUUCCCUUCAAACUCUAAUCAAAACCAUUUAUGGCACGGACGCAAGUGACGCCAUGGACCAAGAUAUACAGGGUCUUGCUCGCGAUGCCUGCGAGGAAUGCAUUCAGAUCUUGCGCGAACCUGAGAAAAGUCAGGCGAAACCCGCUACCAAAGUGCUUUGCUCAUUCAUAACUACUACCCCCUCCGUUUCUCGAUACACGGUAUCGCAAGCGGUUCCACAUCUAACGAAGCUCUUUAUCAACCCGGAUGAAGUGACAAGCCGACCAGCCACGCUCAUUUUGUUGGCAGAGUUCAUAGAAGCUGCUCGCGACUCUCCCAUCGACACUGGCGGAAUACUCUUGGCACCAUACAAGGAUGAAGUGCUUGGAGCCCUGUCCUCGGGCCUUAAGACACACAAACUGCGUCUUCCUGCACUGGCUGGUCUCAAAGGCCUAGUAACGACAGAGAAACUGCUCACCCACGAAGAAAUUGGAUUCACUGUCCACAACAUCAACGAGAUCAUUCAGGACCAUCCUGAUCAGUUUGAUGAUAUUAGCGAAGGGGUUUUGGAGCUUCUGUCAUCUAUAUCCGAGGUUGCACCCUCGCAUAUCGUGGAUCAGACCUUGCCACUGCUGUUCAGCUCCCUAUCUGAUUCCGCCCCUGCGAGAGACGCAGUAGAAGAGCGAGCGAAAUGUUGGAAGAUCCUUUCCUAUCUCGAGGCUCUUUGCACACCACCUUCGCUUUUCGAAACGCUCGUCAUCCGGUUAACUACUAAACUAGAACUUCUCUGCUCACCCUCCAACCAACCAGAAGACAGUGAGCCCACAGCCGCCUACGCCCAUGUGAUCCUCAAAACCCUGGCCAACACUUUAGCCAAGAAGGUUGUGAAAGCAAACCCAGACGUCCCGAAAUACUUAGAUCGACUGGUUUCUCGGAUUUUCAACUUGUUCAUCUAUACCGCUCUGGAGUCACACGAGGACAAGCCAUCGGUCACGACUGACCACCGGCUAAUCGAGGUCGCUGCCGAAGUCAUUACGCUGGUGGUCAGGACUUUGCCGCAACAACGCCAGGAAACAUACCUCCAGUCUGUAUUCCAGACUAUCAUCUCGGGCAACGUAGCACCUAUCAGCGAGGGUCAUUUCAAGAUUCCAUCGGAUGUGUCGGUACAGCUCUUCCAGUCGGAGACGUCUACUCCAAUCAGAAAUCUUAUCGCCUUGUUCACUGCGGCAAUAAUUCCAAUGUACAAAGACGUCGAUCUCGGGAUCCCGGAUCUGGCCAAGUUCCUAAGGGAUACCCUUCACUGGACGUUCAGCACUGCUGACACCGAUAUACAACGCACGGCAGUACUCCACCUUGUUUCAGUGUUGGCCAAUCGAAAGGCGUCCGAACUGUCAUCGUUCCUUCAGUCACUGCUGGGUACAUUCUGGACAGAACGAAUCCUAAAUUCGUCGCAGGACGGGGCCAGCAGAAAGCGAGCUCUCUUGGUUUGGGCAUGGGUAUCCAAGGCGUUAUUGGUCCAAAAUCAUACACUAGCGUUCCAGUUCUCUGAGAAACUGUUCGAAGUCUUUGGGGACAGUAGUAUCAACUGGGAUGCAGCCAAGGCGAUAGGAAUCAUCCCUGGACAUGAUGAUGUUCUGACCAAACCAAAUCAUGCAGUGCUCAGGAUCCUCUAUGCCCAAAAGUAUGUCAACCGGAUGCUACCUUCGACGAUCGCAGGAGCAAAGGAUACGAGCGAUCCUACGAGGCAGCUGGCCUACUUGGUGGCCCUAUCCUCGCUGAUCAAGUCGACUCCUAAGGCUACUUACUCCAGCGAACUUCCUACACUCAUUCCACUUCUGGUUCGAGGUCUCGAGUUGCCUGACCCAGAGAUUCGCAACAAUGUCAUUGAAACUUUCCUGGCUGCGGCUGAGGGAGAUAGUUCAGACAAGAGCCUCGUAUCCGAACACGCGUCGACCUUAAUUAACGCCAUGCUGAAGAACUGCCUCGUCUCUGAGAUGCCAUCGCCCAAAGUCCGGAUAUCCGCACUAAAGUACCUUGGGCGGCUACCAGGGAUUGUGCGGUCUGACGUCCUGAAUCGGUACAAAGCAGAAGUUAUCAGAGAGCUGGGCAAGGUGCUUGAUGAUCCCAAACGAUCCGUGAGGAAGCAAGCUGUGGACGCUCGGACACACUGGUAA